GACCCAUAAUAAAACCUUAAUCGGACAAAAUUUUAAAAGAAAAAGCAAAGAAAUUAGCAGAAAAACAACAAAACCAGACGAAAUUUCCAGAUCCCUAAAAAUUUUACAAAAAAUUUAAAACAAUUAACAGAUUUUAUUGUUUAAUUUUGUUGGUUAGGGUUAGAAUAUGAACGAUCAGUCGUCGCUAAUGAUGAAUCAACCGCCGAUGAAUCAACCGCCGCCGUCGGUUCAAUUACAGAUGCUGAGUCAGCAGCAGCAGCCGCCGCCGUUGGGAAUGGAUCAGCGAAGCUACAAGGCGUCGGUUCAGCAACCGAUGUUAAUGGAUCAACGAAGCUUCAACGCUCAGGUUCAAUCAGCACAACUGCCACCUAUGUUAAUUGAUCAACGAACUUAUAAUCCAUGGAAACAGCAGCAAAAUCAACAAUUACUAAACCACCCUUUUAAUGCUAAUAACAGCAAAAAGAAGCCUAGGACCAACUGGAAGGGUAAAAACGUCACCUCUAAAGAUCAUAGGAGAAUGGAGAAUCCUGUUAUGAUUGCAAACCCUAACCCUAACCCUAAUUUGAGUAGUACUAGUGGUGGUAUUGGUGGUGGUGGUGGUUAUAAGCCGCCUAGUCUUAAUGAUCUUCAGAACCAGAAUCGGAUGAAAGCUCGAAAAUACUAUCACCCUAAGAAGAAAUUCAACAACAACAACAGCAACAACAGAUUUGCUCCAUAUGCGCCGCGUAAUACUACUUCGUUUAUCAUUCGUGCUAAGAAAGCGGGUGGCAUUGCGUCUUUGGUUUCGCCAUGUCCUGUUACGCCUGCUGUACUGCCUACCCCGAUUUUCUCGCCUUCUAGGGAGAUGUUGGGCGACAUGGCGAAAGAGGAAUGGGGCGUUGAUGGGUAUGGUUCGAUGAAGGGUUUGAUUAGGUUGAGAUCGCCUGGUAAUGACGCUGAUAUUCAUGAUGAUGAGGAGGAUGAGGAGGGUAAUGGGUCGAGUGAGAGUGAUGUGGAAGAGCAUGUUGAGGUUGAGAGACGAUUAGAUCAUGAUUUGAGUAGGUUUGAGAUGAUUUAUCCGACUUACGGUGGUGGUGGAGAGUAUAGUUAUAACAAUCUUUUGGAGAAUAGGGUUGAUGAUCAAGAUACUCAUAUAGCUCAAUUGGAAGAAGAGAACUUGACUUUGAAAGAGAGGCUGUUUUUGAUGGAGAGGGAGUUGGGUGAUUUGAGGAGGAGGAUGCAGUUCAUAGAGAGGCAGCAACAAGGUCAUGGUGUUAUGGCUGUUGUGGAAGAUGUUAAUGAGGAGGUUGUAGAGAAUGUUUCCGAGAACGACGAGAAUGAGAGUGAUGGAGGAUCAGAUAUUGGUGCUGCUGGGGAUGGGAAUAAUAAUGAGGAGGUCAUGGAAUAUAUUUGUCGAAAUGCAGAAGGCAGAAAUGUUGGCAAUGAUUCUACCGAUGAUGUUAAGGAGAGUCAGGAUGUUUGUAUGGAAGAAGGUGUACCGAAUCACAGAGAAGUGGUGGAGGACUUUAAGAAUAAAGAUUUAGGUAAUCAGCUUGGAGUGAAUGAUGAAGUGAUUGUGAAGGAGGAUGGUGUGAAAGGUAAAGAAAAUAAUACUGAGGUCUUAAUUGAAAAACUGACUGUAAAGGAGGAGUUGCCGAAGUGCGAUAACUCUAGUGAUAAGAUUGUCGAGGACCAAAAGUUUGUUGAGAAGGAUGCGACUAGAACGGAAUGAUUGAAUUUAGAGAAGAGCAUUGGCAGCGGUGACUUGUCUAAUUGUCCCGCGUUAAUCAAAUUAUUGAUGUUCUUUGUGGUGAUUUGUCCACGGAAUCGUUAGAAGUUGUGAGCAUGAAGAUCUUCUUGCCCCCAAAAUAAGGUUGGCAGUUUCGAUCUAUCCGACUCUAUCUGAUUGAGUGAUUUCGAUGUAUUAGGUUGCAGAUCUACUGUUUCUAUUCAGCUUCUGUAGUUAUAGAGGGUGGAGCGCAGUUCAGAACAGUGGACUAUUUUCGACUUGCCCUGGUCUCUCUCACUUGUCUGCUUCACCCCCCAGCCUUGUUCCCCGUCUCUCAUUGAUAAUUAUCGACAUCGAACUGUCACCCAAAGUUGUAAGAAAAAAUUGUUAAGGUUAUUUUUUGUUUACCCCUUGUUCUGUCUUAUCUAACGCUAUUGUAAUAAGCAGAUAAGUGCAGUUCAUAGAGAUGACGUUCAUUAUCCAUCUGAUUUCUAAGCCUACUGAAGUUCCGUA